UCCAAUGGACUCCUGGUGCGGUAAGAUAUUGCGGGCGGUGUUUAUCCUUCCAUUGAUGGCGGGAAAUUACCGUAGACGACGGAGUGGAUCCUGGUAUUAUGACUGCACAAUCUCGUCCCGUGUUCUGUUCCUGAUCGUCCUUUCAAUAGUGACAGUGUUCACCGCAAGCAGAGGGAUAUACACACAUACACAAAUCCGUUUAGGAUUUGUUCUGAUUCUUCUGUCGAUAAUUAUGAUCUCUGCAGUAAUCGGCUUCUGUAUCAUUGGUUACUUGGUUAAUAAGCAUGGACUUCGAUCCGUUGUUGCAGCAAGACGAGACACAAGAACCCCGAAACUUCAGGUGGUAUUUAUAUGGAUGUUUGGUUUGGCGUCGGUAUGCUAUUGCACUUUCGUCAUGUGCAAGCAAAUCGAGUGUUCCAUAAACUCAUCUGGUGGAUUAUUUUGGAACAUACUACUUACAUUUAAUAUCUUAUUGGUUGUAUGUUUAUUCUUGCAAAUGAUUGUUAUAACAUACUUUUUACCAUACGAACUAAAACCGACUAAUCUGGUAAACUUCACCAUGUAUAUGCUAUUAAUUGCAAACGUUUCCAUGCUGUUAUAUGUUUUUCUAAUAAGUAAUACAUUCGGGUUUAUUUGGGAUAAAGUACAUCACCAUAACGUAACCUCCUGCUUAGUAAACAACAGCACAAUUUCUCUUCUACUAUCAAAAUCAAGGCCAAUUCUCAAACCAACAUUUACAGAAUUUUGCCUUUUGUCAUGUACGAUCCUGCUUGAAAUAUGGUCGCCUACGAAAGUACACCUUCCCAGCGAGGAAACGAGUGACAUUGAAAUAAAUGAUAUGCAUGAGUCGGAGCGAUCACCCCUUCUAACGGCUGUUCCAGUUGAACAUCGUUCCAGAAAUGAAGGCAGACGAACGGCAUGUCAAUUGGUGACACAGAUUUUGAGCAUAGUAUUAGGCCUUGCAUUUACGGUUUGUUAUGUUGCCAUAGCGAUGGGUAUAGGAAACACUGACAAUAUUCAAUAUGUCGCUCAAAUAUAUGAAUUAACGUUAAAAAUUCUGAUGAUGCUUUCUAUCUUUGUAGGAUUCUUUUGUCUGGUUAAUUACUGUACCCCUGAUAAUUCAUCACAAGCUUUGAAGUCUCGGGAAUAUGUGUAUUUGCUGUCAGCGUUUGGCUUAUUCAUGUUGCAUAUCGGCAAAGGUAUCGGAGGUGACGUGAGCCCCAAUACAACCUCAUACACUCUUCUGUUUUACACAAGCAUUUUAAGCUUAUUCCAAGACUAUCUUCAAGUUGUGUUUCUGCUGCACGCAAACCGUUGUAAGAAAUCCGACCCUCGUUCAAACAUCGAUUUACUUGAAUCAGUUUUGAUACUCACCAUGAUUAGUAACUUUAUUCUCUGGUUAAACGAUAGUUUUCUUAUAUCUGAAUUCCAAAAUACAAGAAUACUACAAAACGAACCGUGGGAUUUGAUGUAUGAAUAUCUACUGCCCAUAGCAGUAUUUUAUAGAUAUACUUCUUUCUUAGAAUACUAUGCAAUUUUCGGUCAGUAUAAUACCUAAAUACGUAAACUUUCAAAGUUUGUUUUGAUAAAUGAUACCAACUUUUAACUGAAAGCUGCUUUAUGAUAUAUUACUAGAGAUGUAAUAAGGCUUUUUAUUAUUGUUAUUAUUUCAUCUUUUCAAGUUUCAUUUCUACAAAUUGUGAAGCAUGUUCAAUUGGAUAAUUCAUUGCUAUUAACACAUGAAUAUCAACGGGGAAGUAUUUCAAUUGUGAGAAUGUAUUAGGUCACCGAUUUGUUUCUUGUGACAGCACAAUGAGUGGUGAUACACUUGAUAAACAUAAAACAAUAUCUGAUAAUUUCAAUACUCUGCAUACGAAGGAUACAAUACUUAAAAUUGCAGAUAUUAAGUAACGCUGAAACAUCCAGACCCUAUAAUUCAUCUACUCGAGCACAAACUACAUCAAUGUCAAAUGAAGCUUUCUAUUUCCUAUAAAAUGAAAAUUGAAUUUCAAUUAUGCUAAUAAGUAUGACGUUUGGUCACAGUCUAUCACCAUCUCAGCUUCCGAGCUUUAAACACGUGAUCAUAUUGGGAGUUUGACCUUCAUUUUCAUGCCAGUUUGGUCGAUUAAACAGAAGUUUUUAUUAUUUUUAUGAAGCUAACUCUAAUAAAAAAAAUUGUUUUAGCCGUUAGUUUCCUUAUUUAAGUAUUAGGUAAAAUAGCAAAUUUUUAUUUUAUAGUUUUUAUCAUUUUGAUGGUUUGGUUAAGACAACGUUUUAUAUUCUUCUGUCGAUAAUCAUGGCUUCGCAGUAUCGGCUUCUGUAUCCUUGGUUUCUUGGUAAAUAAACAUGGCAUUCGAUCCGUUGUUGCAGCAGGAUUAGACUCAAGUACCCCGAAACUUCAAGUGGUAUUCAUAUGGAUGUUUCGUCUGGCGUCAGUAUGCUAUUGUACUUUCGUCAUAUGCAAGCAAAUCGGGUGUUCCAUAAACUCAUCUGGUGGAUUAUUUUGGAACAUACUACUUACAUUUAAUGUCUUAUUGGUUGUAUGUUUAUUCUUAUAAAAUCUUUUUACCAUACGAACUAAAGUCGACUAAUCUGGUAAACUUCACCAUGUUUAUGCUAUUAAUUACAAAUGUUUCCAUGCUGUUGUAUGUUUUUCUAAUUAGUUAUACAUUGGGGUAUAUUUGGGGAAUAGUACAUCACUAUAACAUAACUUCGUGCUUAGUAAAGGGACCGCGGAACCAAACGAUUUUCCAUAGACGAUAGUGUUAACGUUUACCACUGUCCUGGUUAAAUGGGGUUAUCCACACUGGUUUACCUGACC